AUGAGUAAUAAAAAAUGGGGAAAAAAUCUUCUGUAUGAUGAUUAUGAGGACGAUUUAGUCGACUACGAUAAUUACGAUGAGGAACAUUAUACAGAGUUUGAUACCCAAGGACUAACGGAAAGUCUAAAAACAAAGGAAAAAUAUAAUGCAAAAGGAAACACAACUCGGAAGAAGCCAAACCAAGUGAAAAAACCCAACAAAGAGAAGAAUCCAAACCAAGUGAAGGAACCCAACAAAGAGAAGAAAUCAAACCAAGUGAAGGAACCCAACAAAGAGAAGAAAUCAAACCAAGAUGAGACACCUUCGAAUGUCUUCCAUGAUGACAAUCAUGGAGACAACAAAGGAAAUAGAUGCAUCAUGCUGAGCACACUGAAUAUACUCGUUCUAGGACAUAUCGAUGCGGGGAAAUCCACUCUUAUAGGAGCACUUCUAUACAACUUAAGCUACGUAAGCGAACAGACAGUGAAAAAAUAUGAACACAUCAGGGAAAGUUCCAAGUAUACCUUCAUCUUAGAUGAAGAUGACGACGAAAGGGAGAGGAACAUAACUCUUUUUAACAAAAAAAAAGAAUUCUACAUAUAUUACACAAAAACUGAGUUAGAAGAAGCAUAUAAUCGUGUGGUACGAAAUCCUAGGAAAAACAAGAAAAGAGAGACCACAUCCAGUAAUUACCUUAAAGAGGAUAUAAAGAGCUCUGUCGAAAGAGAUGGAAAUAACGUAGAUAAUGUUGUUCAUAUAGAUAGAACCAUAUUUACCGAUUUUUAUAAAAGAAAUAUAAUUCACAACGAUGUGUUAUUUUUAAGGAAAGUAAACAUUUUUGACACUCCGGGACAUGAUGAACUGGUUACUAAUUUGCACACAUGGAGCUUCUUUGCUGACUCUGCAAUUUUAGUAGUAGAUGCAAAUAAUAUUUACAGGAAAAAAAAUGAUGAGACUUAUCGAAACGUUUCUAUUUUAAAAUCAGUAGGAAUUUCUAACGUUAUUGUAGUGGUAAACAAAUUAGAUCUCUUUGAUUAUGACGUAAAUGUUUUUGAAGAUAUAUGCAAUACAAUAAGGUCUUUUUUUCAAUGUCCAAAAAAUAACAGUAUUUACGAUUUCCUUCUUAGUAAUAACUUCUAUGUGCGUGUAUCAACUGCACAAACUUGUGGUUUACCUACUGAAACAGAAAGACAUACAUUAUUUCAACAAAAUUUAACAUUUAUACCUCUUUCUGCAUACAAAAAUAUAAACAUUGUUAAAUUCGAAAAAUACAAAAAGAGUCUAUUAAAUCGUACCUUUUGUCUAUACGAUGAAAUUAAAUACAUGAAUUUAAGAAAAGAUUUAUUUCAAUUAAAAGUGUGUGCAGAGAUUCUGAAUGAUAAGAAAACUGCUCUCACAGGUUACUACAAUUUUGUUAAUAAUAAUAACCUGUUUGCAAAUAAUAUAUUUUGGAAUUUUUACCAAGAUGACAAGGGAGACAUAACAAAUUCAAUGAAAAAGUCAUCAAAUGAUGAAGACACAUUUGUAGGGGUUAUUCAAGAUUUGACAGAAUCAAAUAAUAUGAUCAAUGCAAGUGUUAAAGUGUUGUAUGGAUUUUUAAAAAGUAAAUGUAACUAUGUCUUAUUACCAAUUCGGGAAAAAAUUACCGUGAAAAAAAUUGAAAAAAGUGACGAAUUGUGUAAAUAUGUGAAUAUAGGUGAUCUGUGUGAAUUUUUAGCCACUACAAAAUGUGUUCCUUUGAUAAAAAAAAUGUUAGAACAAGACCCCCGUUCAUCCACCUUAUGGAAUAAUAACGGAGAAGAAGAAGAAGAAAAAAAAAAAAAGAAAAAAAAAGGGGAUCAUACAGAUGAGUCUAGCGGUAGUGAUAGUUGUUGCAAUGCCUACAAAGAUCAAGGUGUAUUCGAACCCUUUCUAAAUGUUUUACCCAAUCUCCUAACAUCAUGUUGUAUCACCAAAAAUGCACAUAUAACAAACGAUAUUGUAGAAAACGUUUUUUUUAAAAUUGAUGAUAACAAAAUAAAGAACGGAUCUGUUUUUGUGAACAACACAGUGUCAAUUAAUUCUGAAGAAAGGUCCCCUUCCUAUGUGACAAAAAAUAUCACCUUUGCAUGUAACAAAAUGAAAGUGUUAAUAAAAAUGAACCAAGUAAAAAUUCCACUAAUCAUAGGACGACAGUAUCUUUUAUAUUCCCUGAAUUUUUCACACAGUAUAACCAUACAAAAUAUUUACUAUGUUUAUGAAAAUAAAAAAAAUUCCCUAAUUUAUGAUGCAUUACAACCUGAAAACAAAUUAAACGUUAAAUGUAACAAAAAUGAUUUAGCACAAAUUAGUAAUUUAAAAAAUUAUGUCAAAAAUCAAAAUGUGCUUUACGAAAAAAUGGAUAAGAAAAAAUGUUUACGCAGCCAUGACAUUGGCCUUAUUGAGAUCCACGUCAAUGACAAUUCUUUCAUGUGCAUCCAGCAUUUCAGGGAUGACAUAAACUAUUACAUUUCUCAAGAUAACCCCUUUUUUAGUGCCUACGAUCUCCUUUCAUGCAGCAUUUCUCCCCUGUCUCGUCUUAUUCUCUCUGAGGAAAAUAAAAUUGUUGCCAGUGGUUUGGUUAUAAGUGAAGCAUGA